ACAGCUUCCCAGCCUCCAAGCGAGAACGCGCGAGAGUGCUGCACAAAGGCGAGUGAGAAAGGAGGAGCAGACGACUGAUAAACAGUGCGAGGUCGGGCAGAGUCUAAUCGAGUCCAAACGUUUAGCUACUGGGGCAUAUUAUUGUUUCAAUGACCACAGCUGAUCAGUGUUCAUUGAACGGGCGGCAGGUUCAGAUACAGUAGAGAGCAGACGACAUUAAGUAGAGCCAGUCUCGCUUCCGUGCACCACAAGGGAGACUGCAAGCAGUAUGGAAAACGCUUCACUUGUACACAGCGAACGGAUCCUUCAGCCCGUGUGGGACCUGCGGGUUGGGUAUGAGGAAUACCUUCGUUCCCCACUGUUCCCGGUGUUUCUGUCCAUCUCCUUCUAUUUGUCCCUGUGUACGCCCUUGAUGAUCAUCGACAUCUUCUGCUCGGAGAUGAGCUGGUACAAGAAAUACAAGAUCCAGCCCUCGAGGAAGGUGACAGGAGCUGAGAUCAUGGAUACCCUGAGUCUGACAUUCUGGAACCAUGUUCUGUUCAUUCUGCCUACCGCCAUGGCCCAGUGGAUAUGGACCCCGCCAACAGUCAUGCCCGACCUCGCGCCGACCCUGUUCGAGUUCGUUUGGCACCAAGCCGCAGGUGUCUUCAUCUUCGACUUCCAGUACUACGUCUGGCACUAUACCCACCACAAGUUCCGUUUCCUGUACAAGCAGGUGCACGCCCUGCACCACCGAUACAGCCGUACGUUCUCGUGGGUGACCCAGUACCUCCACCCCUGGGAGCUGGUGACCGUAGGCUUCCUUACCACCACCAACACCUGGUUCUUCAACUCCCACUGUCUCACUACCUGGAGCUACAUGCUCUUCAGCAUCUUCAUCAGUGUUGAGGGGCACUGCGGCUUCGACUUCCCCUUCACCGCCAACAACUUCUGUCCCUUCGACCUGUUCGGCGGUGCUCCGAAGCACGACAUGCACCACCAGAAGCCCUUGACCAACUACCAGCCCUUCUUCAACCACCUUGACCGUCUGUUUGGAUCCUACUGUCCACCAAUGAGGGCUGGUGGGGUCAAGACCAAGGCUCUCCUGGAAUACGAGAGAAGAAACCGCGAGACAAAGAAACAGGGUUAAAUAACAGAUGGAGGGGAACAGAUAAUGCUGCUGAAGUCUGUCAAAAAUGUUUCAAUAAAUUUAAAUACCUCAUCAAAUUACAAGCAUUGAUGACCUAUGACGAUUCAAUUUUAGGUGUGCUUAAGUUUCUUUCAAAUUGCUUGGUAAGAUGUAUUGACUAUCUUAAAUACACAUAUACGACUUCAGCAGCGUAUCUGUAUGUUACGAAAGUGUUAUAAGGGAGUUGGUGGAAUUAAACUUAUGUGUCCAGUACGUAUUUGAUACUGAAUAUGGGGUGUAUGCUAUUCUAUAUGUCAUGUAUUUACAACGUAACGUUCUUACCUGCAUGUGAUUAGCGUGUGUUUACCACAUGUAUACGUUAUUAUGAAAAACUGGCAUAGAACAGCAUUCGCCCUGCUUAAAGAUAUAUGUUGUACAGCUCCCUUAUAAUACACCCGGAUCCAUUUAAGCUUGAGACUUUCCUGGUUUCUUAAUGUUGACCUUUUUCUCGUUUGACUUUGCUUCCCGAAAAGUGAUGUUUUUAGUGUGUCAUUAGAGAUCCUCCUUUGAAAA